AUGUGUUGGAAGAGGACAAAACCGGAAGGGCCGUUAUGUCGCGCCUCGCGACGCCUGCCUGUUAGCCGUUUGCUGUAUAUGACGAAACCUGGAUUCACGAUUGCAAUGCACUUAAUGGAUACUUCUACUUUGUUGACGGCGUUACGAGUAACCGUGACCGACGAGGCGCUGAACAUCAGUCGCAGUGAACGCGAGGCCGCCGAAACUGUUGAGUCGUGUUCCAACUACACGGCCGACAAGAUUAUCGACCAGAUCAAAUUGUGCGUUCGAAAACAGAUACCGGAGUACGAGGAGUUUGGUCUGUACUACAAUGACGUGGCGAAAACUACCCUCGAAGGAAACGCGACGAAGGAACUUAGAGAGAUUUCCGUCGCAGCAAGUGAUCCGAAAAUCUGUGCCCCCGAGAAGCAAAACACGCUGUCGGCGUGCGUGAAACAGACGUACGACUCGACGGAGUUUUUGCGCCAGCAGCGCCUCAGGGAAAUGUGCGACACUCGUCGCAGCUGCUACAUGAAAACGUUGACCCAAAAUUGUCGAAAACUGUUGAACAAGAGUCAGGAGCUGAUCAUCAAAUGCAGCUGCAACGGAGACAUUAACAUCAACCAGUUCAAGGCCGACUUUUUCUCGUGCCUGCAAGGCAACAAGAACGGCGACCACGAAAGCGCGGCUCAUCUGAUCCUCGAGGAUUUGUACUACGGCAUUUGCAAAAUGAUGAAAACCUAUUCCGUGAUGUGUCCAAAUGAAAUACGUUCCGCGGGCGUUCGAUGCGACGGCGUUGAACAUUUUCUUGAAACUGUUCUCGGAAUCGUCAACUGUCUACGUCUGAGACGGUUUUUUGGUCUGCUGGCGAUUGGUGACACGCAGCGCAGAAAAAUGAAACUUCGAAGGCGCCUUCGAGUAGAACGCUUAACGCCAACCAGCAGCGAGAAGUUCAACGCCAAAGCAUCAGCAAAUGAGAAAAUGGGCAGUCGCGGGCAGAAAAUAGAGGAACCGAAGGCGAAGGCGAAGGUGCUUGACAAGGACACUACGAAGAAGCCACAACCAGCUGCAGAUUCUACGAAAGAUUUGCAAAUACACAAGAGCCAAAUUUAUCCUGGCGCUGUUGCACGUGGUCACAGUAGUGCAUUUACGGUGAUGAAGAAAAAGUGGGAAGAAAAGGGCUACGUUGUGAAGGAAGCACCUCGAUCGCGAUGCGCCCUAUUGCGAAGGAGAAUCAUGCUUCUGCGGCGCAUACUUAGUAAAAAAGCUCGAGGUAAAACUGCAGCAAACAAAGGGAAGAAGCCUCAGAACCAAAGUCGGGAGCCAAAUCUUGAAAAAAAGAAAAAGAUUAAAUCGCCAGCCAAAUGUAAAGGAAUCACAGAAAUAUCAUUUACCAGAUUUUUCUGGUGGAUACGUCGAUAUUUAUGCGGAAAGUCACCUGGUGUCAGUCGGAGUGCUGAGAAUGGACUGAAUGAAGUGAAACCUGCGGUGGAACACGACAACGACGGCAGCCGCCAAAUGCCUUUGCCAGAAGAACAGAAGAAAUACGCAACCAAAGGAUAG